AGUCUGACAAGUACGGAUUAAGCGUCACAUCACAGUAGUCACGGCAUCACAGGAGAGAGUGAGGUUUUUCCUAAAAGGAGUCUGGAUCAAGAAAGGCUUCCCCAAGGACCAUGGCUACUGAAACAACCUCCUGUACGGGCUCCAGUUUACUGCAGCCUAUAAGCGAGAUGGUUGACCUUCCCUUAGACCAGGUUAACUUCGUGGUCUGCCAGCUCUUCGCCCUGUUCACAGCCUUUUGGUUCCGGCUCUAUCUGCAUCCCAGUAAAACCAGUCCCUUUAUCCGACAUGUGGUGGCCACACUGCUGGGCUUCUACCUGGCCCUGUUCUGCUUUGGCUGGUAUGCCUUACACUUCCUGGUUCAGAGUGGGCUAACAUAUGGAAUCAUGAUCUUCACUGGGGUGGAACACAUGCACAAGUACUCUUUCGUGGUUGCCCUGGGUUACCUCACUUUCUGCCAGAUCACCAGGGUCUACAUGUUUGACUAUGGCAUGUAUUCGGCUGACUUCACUGGGCCAAUGAUGGUCAUCACACAGAAGAUCACGAGUCUAGCGUUUGAGAUCCACGAUGGUCUAACCAAGAAGGAAGAGCAUCUGAAGCCCAGUCAAAAGUAUCUCGCUGUAAGGAAGAUGCCCAGUCUGCUGGAGUACCUGAGCUACAACUGCAACUUCAUGAGCAUCCUGGCUGGGCCCACGUGCUCCUACAACGACUUCAUUGCUUUCAUCGAGGGCACCGCCUACCAGCGCAGCCUCCCGGAGACCAACGGCAAGGAGAACGGCAAAUGCAAGCAGAGUGACCCCUCUCCCAAGAGAGACGUGAUCCUGAAGCUGGGCUCGUGCGUCCUCUCGCUGCUCAUUUACCUGACCUUGCACAGGGUGUACCCGGUGGAACGCGUCAUCGAGGACCCCACCAUCACCUCGCAGCCCUUCUACCUGCGUAUGCUCUACCUCUACCUGGCCAUGGUCACCCUGCGGCCCAAGUACUACUUCGUGUGGACGCUGGCUGAUGCCAUCAAUAAUGCAGCUGGCUUUGGCUUCAAUGGCUACAACAAAGAUGGUUCUCCCAAAUGGGACAAGAUAUCCAACGUGAGAAUUCUGGACAUUGAGUUUGCAAGCAGCUUCAAGACAUUCCUUGACAACUGGAACAUCCAGACGGCACUUUGGUUGAAAAGGGUGUGCUAUGAACGCUGUCCGUACCACCCGACAGCAGCCACCUUCCUGCUCUCUGCCUUGUGGCACGGCGUGUACCCAGGAUACUACUUCACCUUCAUCAUGGGCAUCGCCACAACGCUGGCAGCUCGGGCAGUGAGGCACAACGUCAGGCAGCACUUCCUGGGCUCCUUCGGGCUCAAGCUCUUCUACGACGUGAUCACGUGGGCCAGCACGCAGCUCGCUAUAUGCUACACGGUGGUUCCGUUCGUGGUGCUGGCAGUGGCACCGUCGCUGAAGUUCUACCGAUCAUGUUACUACUGCUUACACGUGACUUGCGUCCUGCUGGUCAUCGCCCUCCCCGUCAAGCGCAGGUCCUCCCGGGAGAAGCUCCAGGAGAGCGGGAGCCAUGCGACGGACGGGGCCGCCAUCCCCUCCAGCACGGACACAAGCCGCAUCCAGAAACAGAAAACCACGUGAGGGCCUCGACGCCUCACCCUCAACCCCCCACCCCUCACCAACACCACCCCCCCUUUCGCCCCACUGUGGAGAACUCGCACAUGGAGUCCAGGGUGGACACACUCUCCUCCAAACCCAGCCAGACAGGGAUAUUACCGAACCAACGACUGCAGGCGAGCGAGGUCAGCGACCCUCAGGCGUCCGUGCCGGGGCUGAGUGCACCUUAGUCCGCAAA